AUGUCAGAAUACUGGAAAUCUACACCAAAGUACUGGUGUAAACACUGCAGCGUCUUUGUCCGCGAUACCAAGCUCGAGCGCAGCAACCAUGACGCGACAGCCAAACAUCAGAGCGCCUUGAAGCGCUUCCUGCGCGACCUGCACCGAGGGCACGAUAAGGAGGAAAAGGAGAAGGACCGAGCAAAGCGCGAGAUCGAGAGACUCAAUGGCGUCGUCGGCUCAAGCAGCAGUAGCAAUGCUGCUGGGCCCAGUUCGAGUUCCGGUCCUGCGCCAGUCGCGCCGAAGCAGUCAUCACAAGCAACAGCUCGUGGCACUGAAACGCAACGACAGAAGCAAUGGGAGCAACUGGCUGAGAUGGGCAUUGACAUUCCAACAGAACUCCGCGGCGACAUGGCCAUGGCCAGCGACUGGCAGGUAACCAAUACUCGGAUCAUAGACGAUACCCCGAAGACGGAUGCCGAUGGCAAUGUCAAAGUCGAAGCGGUCGCUACCGGUGUCCGAAAACGUGUCAAGCGCGAAGGAGAGGAAGAAGAAGAGGAGGCCAUGCAGACCUUGUUUAAGAAGCCCAGGAAAUGGGGGCGUGACACAAAACAAGCAGCCAAAGACGACGCUGACUUGGAUGCCUUGCUGAGUGGCACUUUGGCACCGAUCAAGAAAGACAAGAUUGAAGAGUCUAAUUCAGAACCGACAGUGAAGAAAGAGGCUAAAGAGGAGGAGGCAGAUGUUGGUAUUCCGCUCAAACGAGAGCCAUCCAACGAAGGACAAGGUAUUUCGAGUGUCAUAAAGCCAGAUCCAGAAAGUGUCGAGUCUGCCGCUGUCAAGCAAGAGGCGACGUCGGAAGGUAAUGAUGAUGUACCUGCCGUGGUAUUCAAGAAACGGAAGCCAAAGGCUGUACGCCAGAAGUAA